ACCUAUGCCUAAACGUCUAAACUCUAAACAAAAGUGGCAAAGCAUGAAAGCAGUGAAUACUCAAAACUCAAUAGUCAAUACUGAAUAGUGAAUAGCGCCGUUUGCAACUUCGCAUUCUGCGUCUCUGUCUUCCUCUUCCAUCAAAGGCAUCGAUUCAAUCUUCUGAAAGCUUCAACAAUCUACCUGAUCUUCCAGCACUUUGCCGGGUUAAAUUUUUCGUCCACAACAAAUGGGAAAGAAGAGGGCAAAGAAGGUAAAAAAAGCUUGGAGAAACAUUAGCACAAAAGAUAUCGAAGAUUUCAAUGAAAAAUCUACUCAUGAUGCUAAUUCUGGUGGUUCUCUUACAGUCAUUCCUAGUGAUUCCCUCUUUGUCGUUGAUAAAUCAACCGAUGUGCUCGUGAAGCGUAAAAUUGAGAAGAAGCGAGAGAAGGCAUUGCGAUUUGAGAGUAUUCUUUCUAAAAACCCAUUUGUUAAAACGGUGCCAUCUUCGAUUCUCAAGAAAUGUAAGAAAAAAGAUAAAUUAGUUGCUCAACCUCAGGACGCUUCUAAUCAAGAAGGAAAAGGCGAAGAGUCGGGGCAUGGUUUAUUUGAUAUAUGGAACAAUCAAAGUGUGAAAAAUAUCAAGGGCAAAAAAAAAGUUAAACCAUCACUCAUUCCAGCUGUUGAAGUUGAGCCUCCUGGUUGCUCUUUUAAUCCUGAAGAUUUGAAUCACAAGGACUCAUUGGCUCAAGCUGUUGCAGAAGAGAUGAAGAAAGUGUAUAAAAAGGAGCUGGAUCCUGAACCAAUUCCUUUAACUGUUCCUGGAGAACCAGUUACUGAAGAAGAAAGAUAUUUUCUGGAAGUGGACAACGGAGAUGAUGAAGACGAUGAAAUGGAUGAGGGAAUUCCAACUGAAGAAGGGAAUGCCAAAGAUGAGAACAUGAAAUCUAAACCUAAACAGAUAACCAGGGUUGAGCAGAAUAAAAGAAUUAGGCGGAAGGAACGGCAAAAAACAGAAGCAGAAGCCAAAAAGAUCACAGAGCUUUCGAAGGCAAUUGACAGCAUACCAGAUAUACUUCAGGAAAUAGCGGAAGAGGAUGAGGAAAAGCAAAAAAGACAUAUUCGCCGAACGAUAGCAAAAGAAGAAAGACUAAAAGCAGGCCCUCCACGUUUGGGCAAGCGAAAGUUUGAGCCCGCCCCAACUCAAGUUCUCUUAACAGAAGAAAUUACUGGAUCCCUCCGCAAGCUCAAGGCGUGUUGCACGUUAGCAAGGGACAGGUUUAAGAGUCUCGAGAAGAGAGGAAUAAUUAUUCCAUCAGCUAAGAGCAGCAGGAAAUAGGUAUUCCGGUAGUUGCUAGUUUGUCGAAGGAGCAAGCCUCAAGAGCGAUCUCUUGCUGGCUAGAUCAAAUUAGAUCGAUUCAAUACAUAAUUUCUUUUUUAUUGUAAUGAUCGGGUUCCUCCCUUUUUUACUAUUUUGUGGAAAGAAUAGAACUUGAGUAGUGUAUCCCAAAAUACAAGGGAGUAACAUAUAUGAUUUUAUCCGAUGGACACUGUAGUUGCACAUUCUUAUUAGUGCUAUGAUUUUACGAUCACUUUGGAAGUUUGGUCUUA